AUGUCGAGAAGUUACGUUUUUUGGCCGAAGUUGGACAUCGCCAUUGAAGAGACCGUCAAGAGUUGUCGGCAGUGUGUGAAUAUUAAGUCAUCUCCGCCAGCAGCGCCUCUUACCCCGUGGAUUUGGCCAGCCAAGGCUGCCAAGCAAUGGCAACGAAUACACGUUGACUUUGCAGCUUAUGAAGGGAAUCAUUAUUUGGUUGUGGUCGACGCACAUUUGAAGUGGCCAGAAGUGAUCGGACCCAUGAAGUCAACAACGGCUGGGUCUGCAAUCAAUGCGUUACGCGGCAUUUUUGAUCGUUAUAGUUUGCCUGAGCAGGUCGUGAGCGACAAUGGGCCUCCUUUUCAAUCUGUUAAAUACGACGAUUUCCUGAAACAAAAUGGAAUACAACGAGUGUUGGUGUCUCCAUACCAUCCAGCAUCUAAUGGUCAGGCCGAGAGGUUCGUACAGACGUUUAAGAACUACUUAAAGAUGUCCAGCGCUCAGUCUUGUUUACUCCAGCGAAUCCAAAAUUUCCUACUGAGUUACCGAGGGACGCCGCAUAGCACUACCGAUUGCUCAUCUGUCAAGCUUUUCCUCCAACGAGAAUUGAGAACUAGACUGUCUUUAGUAAAACCUGAUACCGCUAGUGUAGUUUCAUCCAGCCAGUCAGUCACGGAUGAAUAUUUAUCAUGAUCAACAUGCAAGGUUUAGGGAAUUUCACUCUGGUCAGCCAAUCCUCGCUCGGAAUUACAGGUCAAAUGGUAAAUGGCAACUUGCAACUGUUCUAGAAAGAAAGGAACCUCACUCAUAUCUUGUAGCAUCACCAGACGAAAGACUUUAAAAUCGCCAUGUCGAUCAGCUUUUGCAGGAUAGUCCACCAUCUCCACCUUUGCUUAGUAAGAGAUCCGAACCUAUACCUGGUAACCUUGGUUCUUCGACAGACACACAAGUUUUCCCCACUUCAUCUACUUGUACUUCUUCGACGGAGUCCACUCCGACAGCUGCAGUGGUUCCUCAGCCCGAAAGCAUGGACCGCAACAUAGGGCCAUCCGAAUUGGCACAAGGCACCCUUGGUAAUCCUAGUAUUGUCACAUCUCCCACCAUUAAACUAAGAAGAUCAAGUAGAACGAUCAAACCGCCGAAAAGGCUUAUCGAACAAAUUUAG